AACAAAUUCGCUGUUUUUCAUAAAAGAUUUAAUGGACAGGCGAGAAAAGAAGAAGCUUCGAAGAUCUCAAGUACUGCACAAACUGAUUCAUCUCGGCAAAGUCAAGAUGAGCCGACAAAAACUUGGUGGACUGGAAAAGGGGAAAAAUGUCAAUCGUGGGCCCUUAAUCCGACGCAUUUUGAUCAAUUCAGCUCAUAUGCUGGCUUCUUGUAGCACUUCGUCACUACAAAAUUCAAUCCUGCCUAAGGAGGAAAGAAUAACUGUGAAUGUAGGCGGAACGAAAUAUAAACUUGCAAAGAAAAACUUGGAGAAGUUUCCCGACACCCUUCUCGGCAGCGAGAGGAAAAAUUUCUUCUAUGAUGCGGAGAGGGAGGAAUACUUUUUCGACCGGGACCCACUUAUUUUCAAGAACAUAGCCAGCUUUUAUCGACAUGGAAGUUUUCACGCUCCUGCACCAACUGUGUGCUGUAUGGAAGCUGUAUUAGAUGAGUUGAAAUACUUUGGAAUUCCACAGCACUCCGUGUUCGAUUGUUGCUGUGAGCACAUUACUCAAGAGGACGAGGAACAAGAAAAGAAGAAAAAAAUAGAAACUAUGGAAAGUAAAGUGUCUCAAAAAACCUGCGACUUGCGGACAACUCGUGAGAAAUUGUGGGAGUUGUUGACCAAUAGCAAGAGUUCGAAAGAAUCAAAGGCAUUUGGCUUUCUUUUUGGAGCCGUGGUACUCCUGAACAUCUCUGCUAUCGUAGCGGAAACAGUGCCCACCGAGUCAGGUCAGAAUCAUGGCGAGGCACAUAGAAAUAUAUUUUUAGGACUGGAUUCUUUCUGCGUCGGAAUUUUCACAAUCGAGUUUACAGCGCGCUUGUAUGCUGCUCCCCACAGAUUAGACUUUGUGAGAGAUCCAUCGAAUAUAAUUGAUUUUCUGGGAAUAAUUCCUUACUACAUUGCGGUGGUUGAAUGUGCAGUCAAGUCUAACAAUCCAGUGCUGGGGUUUGUUGUUACGGUCUUUCGCAUGUUCAGAGUUUUUCGAGUCACAAAGUUGGCUAGGCAUUCCGAAAGGUUUCAAAAUCUGCUGCGUUCACUACAGGGUGCAGCAACGGAGCUUGGAGGAAUUCUUUUCUCGUUUUUGGCAUUGAUGAUAACAUUUUCGACCAUCAUGUACUAUUUUGAAAAGAACGAGAAUCCAUGUUUUAAAAGCAUUCCGGAAGCUUUCUGGUACACUUUAGUAACCAUGACAACGUUAGGCUAUGGUGAUAUCUUUCCCCUCACGGUCAGUGGGAAGCUUUUAGGAGCAGUUUGUGCUUUGAUGGGGGUGCUUCUUCUAUCCUUACCAGUUCCCAUUAUCCAGAGACAGUUACAUGAGUGCAAGAGAAAAGGAAAACCCAAGAAAGAAUUUAUCACUGAAAGGCUGAUGGCAUCUCUGCCUUCAUUAGGAAGGAUUGGUUCGAGCGACGACAAAACUCUCGCGAGAAAAGGAGGCAAAAAUAAAAAUAAACCUCGCACACGCCGUAAAAAUGAUUUUCACGAUUCUAGAGCAACAUCUUUGAAUGUGGAAACUGGCACUUCCUCCAGCCGUUUCGGCGACAGUAAUACAAGUUCCUCUAAUUCCGGUUCUGAAGACUUCCUUGUCAGGGUAGACAUGCCAACAAUCAAGGAACCUGAAACUUCAGAUUUUAACGGGAACAGCAAUGUAAUCACGCCUUCGACAGAUGCACCUCAAAAGCGUAAAAGCUGGUUCGGCAACGGGAACGUUUCAGCUAGUGUGGGCGAUGGCAUAUUUACAGAAUCUCCCCCUUCUUCUCAGUAUUUUCCAGUUUUGCGCCGAUUAAUUUCAAGCCACGAAGAUGGAAUUGGUCGAAGUACCCGUUACAAGUCUUCCAUUGAUGACAAAGAAGACGACAAGGAAGCUAUUCCUAUGAAACUUUUGCGUCAGCAGAAAUUUCCAGUGUAACCGAUCGGGAUUACCACAGCAUUGGGGAUUUAACCUAAAGCGUCAAUGAUACUUAGUGGUUCAAUGCUCACUUCGAGGAGGAGCAGGAAAUGAAUCCCAUCACGCGCUUCUCUUGCUUUGUGUUAUAGUUUUUUGGAAAAGGCUCAUUAUGCAGCUAGACAAAUGCUUGGAAAAACACCCAUCAAACCAAAAGGAAAGGAAUUAACAAUCCUUCCUUAAAAUCUUUGAGAGAUUUACGUUAAAGCUAGAGUAAACACUUUACUCUCACAGUGCCUCUCUUCACCUCCGCGUUUAAAUGGGUACCAGCGAAUUUAAUGC